AAGCUGGAAGAAACUGACCGUCUAUACAGUAUACAGCUUCAGACGGACGACAGCCAAGAAAGUCCCAACUCCCAUCCUACAUCACCUGUCCGGCCCCCCGCCCGCCCCAGAUCUGUGAAGCUCUAUUUCCCGCUUUCACUUCACCCCACGCCACGUGGGUGUGCGAGUUAUUGCUGAUUUGUGUCGAGGAAAUCAGCCUAGUGACCGUUUCAUCGUACUUCACAAGCGUCGAGGGAAAAUGGCAGCAGGAGUAACUAGGAAAAUCUCCGCAGCCUCUGCUAGGGCCCACACCAGGAAAUCCAAGCAGAAGUCUUCCGUCCCCGUCCUUCCUUCAGGGAUAUUUAAGAAGAUCCUUGUGGUUUUCUUCAUCGGCUUCUUGGCGUGGGCUUAUCAAGCUACUCGACCUCCUCCUCCCAACCCGUUAGGCACUCCUGAUGGUGCCCCUGUCACAGCACCUAGGAUAAAACUUAGGGAUGGAAGGCAUUUAGCCUACAAAGAGCAUGGAGUUUCAAAGGAUAAAGCAAAGUAUAAGAUAGUAUUUGUCCACGGAUUUCGUUGUUGCAGACAUGACGUUGCCAUUACGGCUACCCUUUCCCAGGAUCUUAUCGAAAGCUUAGGCAUCUAUAUAGUCUCAUUUGAUAGACCUGGUUAUGGAGAAAGUGAUCCAAAUCCUAACAGAACACUACAGAGCAUGGCUUCUGAUUUAGAGGAGCUUGCUGAUCAGUUGGAACUAGGAUCCAAAUUCUAUGUUGUUGGAUUUUCAAUGGGUGGACAGGCACUCUGGCCAUCCAUCAAGUAUAUUCCUCACAGAUUGGCAGGAGCGGCUCUCUUAGCACCAGUUGUCAACUAUUGGUGGCCUGGUUUUCCUGCUAACUUGUCGAAUGAAGCAUACAACCAACAGCUUCCACAAGACCAAUGGGCUCUUCGUGUUUCUUACUAUGCAGCAUGGCUUACCUACUGGUGGAAUACUCAAAAAUUGUUUCCUCCUGCUGCUGCUGUGGCUCGGAGUCCUGCUGUUUUAUCACGUCAAGACCUUGAAUUGAUGGGCCACAAUACUCUAAGACGUGAUUAUGAGGAUCAGAUAACACAGCAAGGAGAGUACGAGUCUCUUCACCGUGACAUGAUAGUUGGUUUUGGAAAGUGGGAAUUUGAUCCUAUGGAUCUGGAGAAUCCCUUCCCAAAUAAUGAAGGUUCUGUUCACAUAUGGCAAGGAGAUGAGGAUUUGCUAGUACCUGCUUCAUUACAAAAAUACAUUGCCAAGCGGCUACCAUGGAUUCACUAUCAUGAACUAGCAGGUGCCGGUCACAUGUUUCCAUUUGCUGAAGGAAUGGGAGACAAUAUAGUGAAGGCACUUGUGAGUGGGAAGAGUGCCAGGUAAUUCUCCUUUCUCAUUCCUAAGCUUCUUUGUGUGAGCUCGUCUGAGGAAUUUUUGUUUUUUCUAGUCCUUUUGUAUUGUGUGAUUAGACCUUUAUUUUUCUUUUUUUUUUUGGGGGGUCAUCAGACUGAAUUGCUCUAUAACAUAGCAUGAUAGCCAAAUUUUGCUCCUUUGGAUUAGAUAGUACAAGAGAUGGAAACAUUUACAUGUCUCGAUUUUGGACAAUUGUUUGUCAUAGAAACUGCUGCAGUCUCAUCUAUAUGGAUCUCUUUGUUUAUUUCCACAA